AAAAGGUCAAAGAUAGUUGAUAGGAAAUUAGUGAUCCCCGGCCCCUAGAAAACCCACAGAUAUUCGUCGUGUCGUGAGAGAGAGAGAGAGAGAGAGAGAGCUCCGGCCAACUACGACAAGGUUUCUGUCUGCCGGAAAAGAUGUCGAUUGUCGAGAAGAUGGCGACCACCAUGAAUUUGGAACAAGUUGAAAAGGAAUCCGAAUUGAGCAAAAGCAGGGGAAUUGUUAGUGAUGGUGAAUUCUUAGUGAUGGCUAAUGAAGUCCUGCUUUUAGUUAAUUACAAACUCUCCUCCUCCUCCGCCGCCGCCACAAUCUUUAUUGAACCACCAGCAGCAGCAGUCAAAUCCUCCUUCCCGAUUUACUCAACUUUGCCGCCUGCACCUCCAGAUCCCAUGCAGAAGCAGACUCAUCAUCAUCACCAUCUCAGAAAACUUGCUGCUGAUCUACUACCUAUGCAAAGGAGAUCCUCAAUUUCUCGGUUCUUGGAAUGCAGAAAAAAUAGGAUGAUGGCAAGAGCACCAUACAAUUAAUUAAUAAUAAACAUAUCAUCAUCCAGAAGAAGUUGUUGUUGUGACUUGUUUGUUUCUACUUUUUUUUUUUUAUGAAAGACCUUCAAGCUGUAGCCAUAUAUAUAAAUAAAGUAUAAACCAUUACCCUUUCAUUUACCUGCUGUAGAGUGUGUGUUGAUCAAGUUUGAACUGAUACUAAAUUAUGAUAUAUUAUAUAUAUAUAUAUA